AUGCUCGAGCAUAUUGAAGACCUCUUUGACAACUCAGUGGAUGCCACAGAUAUGUGGACCAAGGCCAAUCGCCAGCUGGUUACGGACUGUCUCAGCAGGAAGUACGAGAUUUCAGGGAAACCACUUUACCUCCGGGAACUUGCCCUACAUGCCAUGGCAUGGGUUCCAGGUGUUGCCGCCAUUCAUCGAAACAGUAUCAAGACUCGUCAUGGCCCGAUAGGAGACAGUAGCGCCAUUCAGAUCAGCAACGCCUUACACCGGGAGUACAAUGUACGGGCGGCAGCACUUGACCCGCGAAGUGCUCUGGUCGAACUAGCCCGAGACGUCGAGAUCAACGUAGAGUUUGUGGUCAUCUUCCCGCAAGAACAAAAUAAAGAGGAUGAAUAUAUGAAGGAAUGUGAGGAGCGGUUCGAGUUUGCCAAGUCCAUCGGCGCCACGACCGUUCAAAUACGCACCAAGUUUCCGUGGGUGAGAAUCAUCGAGGAUGACGAACCAUUCCCAGCCCAGCCUACGCCCGAUGGAAGGCUCGUUUCACCAGAACAGAGAUAA